AUGGGUAUCAUAUGGUUUUGCUUCAGGAGGAAAGCCAUUAGGAACGAUGGUGAGAUUCCAUUUAAAUUUAUCUCUAAAUAUAUGGGGUACAUGAAUCGGUGUAUCUAAAGAAAUCUUUGAGGCAGAUCUGCACGAGGCAAGUUUUGACUCUUAUCCUCUGUGUCAAAAAUUAAACUAGCCGUUUUUGCUUAUGCUAUCUUUUUUUGUAUAGAUCGUUGUAAAGGAAUCCUCAUAUCUGAUGCGAACAUAGCCAAAUCUGCAGAUAUAUAAUUUUUACUCGCAGUACUAUGUGCCAUCUGUGUAGAGAAUUUUAAAAUAAAGCAGCGGAACUUUCUGCAGUUUUGUUUUUCUUUUUUGCAACUUGUGGGGCUAUCAAGUGCACUUGAAUGAAAAGCGAAGAGCAUGGUGUUGAGUUUCGGAUGUCCUUAGAACGGCAUUUCAACCAAUAUGUCCAAGUGAUAUCAGAGACUGUUGUCCUGAUAUCUUUUUUAAUGGACCAUUCUUGUUAUAUAGCUCAAACGUCCUGGAUGGCCGAAAAGUUCAUCAAUCCCUAAACGGAUUGAUGUUCAAGGGGGUUCCUUCCAUAUUGCUUAGCUUGUGCACAAUCCUAGUUCUAAUGAAAAGAGUAGACUCUUAGUGUUUCUUCUGGUCGUUGACCUAGCAGUUGUUUAUGGUUUAAUCGAUGCGACGAAAGAGUGGCCAUCAGAUGGUCUGCAUUGGUAGGAGUGACGAAUAUUUAUUCUGAAGACUACUUGAGUAACAAAAAUGUACGUAGUAAUUUAUUGAGGAUACUAAAUUAAACUGAAGAGAACAUCGUACAUAGACUUCGUCAUAAUCUGAGCUUUAUUAGACAUUUUCAAGCAACCCUUAUAACUCCAAAAGUGGAUAGCUGAUGCGCAUUUGUCUGUAAGAUAAUCUCUAGCAUUGAAUUUUUAUUAUACCCAUGGUAUAUAUUGUCUUUCUCUUAAUUUUUGUGCAGAACUCAAAGCAAUGGAGUUGCGGACAAACUGUUUUAGUUUGAAGCAAAUUAAAGCUGUAACAAGGAACUUGGACCCUGCAAACAAGAUUGGUGAAGGUGGAUUUGGUCCUGUUUACAAGGUCAAGCACAUAGUCAUGAGUUCAUUCUGUUUUGUUUUGUAUCCAGAAUUUAGUCCCGGUGUAAUCUUGAGAGCCUAAUAAUAAUACACGCAUGUUGAAAACUUUCAGGGGGUUCUACCGGACGGUUCUAUGAUCGCGGUGAAGCAGCUGUCUUCCAAGUCAAAGCAAGGAAACCGGGAAUUUUUGAAUGAGAUAGGCAUGAUAUCAGCCCUACAGCACCCGAACCUCGUAAGACUUUUUGGGUGCUGCACCGAAGGGAAUCAGUUGCUGCUAAUAUACGAAUACAUGGAAAAUAACAGCCUUGCCCGAGCCCUAUAUGGUAACCAUGUUACGGUUCGGGUUCUUUGUACCUUGUGCCCGCGACUUUCUAGGAUUUACCUCUUUAGAUUCACAUUGUGUGAGGUUAUUGCCAGUAUGGUGUGAAUGUAACAAUCACGGUGUUGACAGGUCCCGAAGGGCUGAAGUUGGAACUGGAUUGGCAGACGAGGCGUAAAAUUUGCAUAGGAAUAGCAAGGGGAUUAGCCUACCUUCACGAAGAGUCGAGGCUAAAGGUUGUUCAUAGAGACAUCAAAACGACGAAUGUCCUUCUCGAUAAGGAUCUGAACGCGAAGAUAUCGGACUUCGGACUGGCUAAACUGGACGAAGAGGAGAAUACCCACAUCAGCACCCGGAUAGCAGGGACCAUGUAAGCAAACUCUGUGUCUGAAAUAAUGGAUCUCUCGGCUGUUGGUAGAGUGAUAUAAUUCGAGUUGCAGCUCUUCAUUCGUUUUGCCGACUGUUCACAGUUGCGACUCAUGGGACCUGCAAUUGAUCAUCGAUUGAUAGUUAGAAUCAAUGCGCAGCCUUUUUUGUUGUUGUAGUAUUAUGCUCAUUGAGACAAGUUAGUUUCACGAAUGUCGCAUUCAAAACUCUUUCUUCGUAUCUUAUUUUCGUCCUACUCGAUCCUGCCUUCAAAAGUGUUUAAGGUUACCACCUCCAUCCAACACACCGUUCAGUUUUUCCUUCUACGACGGCUAUCGCAUCUCAGCAAUUGGUUCUUGUCAUCUGAAGGUCCCUGAAGUGGGGAAGCUCCAAUUAGUGAUUUAUUUCAAUAUGUUGGAGAUGAAAAAGACCGGUUUUUGUUUGGUGAUGCUGUCUCCUUUACACUGACGAGCAUUUUCCUUGUUUCGUUCCAGGGGUUAUAUAGCUCCUGAAUAUGCUUUGAGAGGUUACUUGACGGACAAAGCAGAUGUUUACAGCUUUGGCGUGGUCACGUUGGAGAUUGUGAGCGGAAAGAGUAACGCCAACUGUCGCAUCAAAGAGGAUUUCAUGUACCUUCUCGAUUGGGUAUGCGACCUUCGAUAACUCUGGACGUACAAGGCCGAGUGCUCAAACCAAUUCAGGGUUAAGAGAUUUCUUAGCAAUGGUUUUUCCAUUUUUCUCAGGCCAAUGUUCUCCAGGAGAAGGGCGCCCUCCUCGACCUGGUGGACCCCGCCCUGGGUGUCAACUUCUCCACGGAGGAAGCACAGCAGAUGCUGGACCUGGCCCUCCUGUGCACCAACCUUACUCCGGCCCUUCGGCCUUCCAUGUCCACUGUGGUCGCCAUGCUCGAGGACCACACGCCCAUUCAGGCCCCGACUAUAAAGAUCACCCGGACAGAGAGCAUGGAGCAGAGGUUUAGGUCCUUGGAGACGAUCUCCCAGGAUGGGCAUAGCCAGGCCGCCACCACGGAAGGGCCGUGCUCAGAUUCCACGUUGCCUAUGCAGAGAAGCAACAGAGGAGACGACCGCUUCUACUCCACCACAACCCGGCUCCUCGGUGACUGCAAGGAUUUCCCCUGGGACAGUGGCUACUCCGAGGACGGGUCAUCCCUGGAAAGGCGUUCACAAAAGCUCUCUUGA